AUGGACCCUGAAGCGGCGACGCAGGAGCUCCGCGCCGGGCGCCGGGCGCGGCUGGUGGGCCUGGCCGCCGCGGAGUUCAACGGGCGCAAGGGCCGGCUGCUGCGGCUGGACAAGACUGUGGACCCUCCGCGAUGGCUCUUGCGACUGGAUGGCGAUGGUGCUCGAGUGACGCACCGGAUUCUGCCAGAGAAGCUGCAGCCAUGCGGACAGGAGCGGCGGCGGAAGCAAGUCUUGCGCGCUGGCCGGCGGGUGCUGAUCCACGGCUUGGCGCGGCAGGCGGAGCUGAACGGCCGCUUCGGCCAGCUGGUGAGAUUGGAUUCUUCGGUGGAUCCACCACGAUGGUUGGUGCGCAUGAAGGGUGAGAAGGAGGUGGUCUACCGGCUGCUGCCGGAGCGGCUACGCCUGGCGCCGCUGCCAAAGAAGAGUCGGAAGAUGUCGAUCCCUCCGAUCCGCUGGAGCUCCCGGCGAUUGACGGCGCCUGACUUCGUGGAAGUCCCGAGCUUCGCCCUGGGCUGCGUGUGCCUGGGCCAGGGCUCGGACGCCCCGGGCUUGGCGGAUCUGCAGCCGCGGGCCCAGCGGAGCUAUAUCCACGGCGGCCCUGAGAUGCCCAUGCCAGGUGUCGCCACCCGCGAAGCCAAGCGAAGUCAAGACACGGGGUGCCAGCUCUACGAGCCUGAGGGCAUCAACACCUGCAUCACCGGCCCGGCGGGGUGCAUUGCCCUGGCGCUGAUCUUCUUGCGCACCAACUCGGAGGCAGUGGCCUCGCGCGUGGCGAUCCCCCAGAACUUGUUCCAGCUGGAGCACCUGCGGCCGGACUUCGCCCUGCUGCGCAUUCUGGCACAGAACUUGAUCCUGUGGGACCGGAUCGAGCCGACGGAGGAGUGGCUCCAGAGGCAGACUCCAGGCUUCUUGUUCAACCUGGACACCAGUAAUGCUGACGUGGAUUGGCUGCUCGUGGGCCAAACCAAGGCCAGUCUUACAGCAGGUGCAUGCCUGGCGCUGGGCCUGCGCUUCGCCGGGUCCUCCAACAAGGCCGCGAAGCAGCUCCUCAUCGCCAGGCUCCUGGAGUUUCGGGACCUCCCGCGCUCGGAGGCGCACUUUGCGCUCAUGGCCUCCAAGCCCACGCCAGAUAUGGACCUGGACCGCAUCACGUUGGAGACCUGCCAAUCUGCGGUGGCCUUCGCCUUGGGCAUGGUGAUGGCCGGCACAGGGGACCUGGCGGCGCUGCGGCUGCUGCGCAGCCUGCGGAAGAAAGCCGGCAGCGACACAGGUUAUGGUGUGCACAUGGCCACGCACAUGGCCAUCGGCUGGCUGUGUCUGGGUGCUGGGCGCUACACCUUCGACCAGGAGCCUUUGUCCAUCGCGGCCUUGCUGAUGGCAGCAUUCCCUCGCUUGCCCAUCGCCUUGGUGGACAACCGUUGUCACUUGCAAGCCUUCCGCCACCUCUACGCAAUUGCUGCCAGGCAUCGCUGCAUCGAGGCCAUUGAGGUGGACUCGAAGCAGCCGGUGCGCGUGCACGUGACCUUGGAGUACGAGUCCAAGGAAAUGGAAACGGUCCUCUUCCCAAGGCUCCUUCUGCCUGCCAACGUGGUGUCCCUUCGUCUCUGCAGCGAAGGCUACUGGCCCGUGACCAUCAGAAACGCGGGCACCGCACGCUGGAUGAAGGCUCUGCAGGAGACACGGCGGCUCUACGUGAAGCGCAGCGGGGAAGCGUCUGGGUCGCAUGCAGGGGAGUCACAGGCAUGGUUCCCGAGCUUCACUGCUCCGAACCUACAGCAGCUUGAGCGUUUGGUGAAGGCCAAAGCCAGACCACUGCCACCUUGGCAAGGACCAACUGAGCCUGGCGCAGUGAGCUCAGCUGAAUGGGCUGCUGCCUUCUGCUGCGAAGCCCCGCCGCCACUGCCUCCAGGCACUUGUCUGUCGGACUUCGAGGAGGACUGCACGCUGGUGGAGCGCUUCGCCCAGCUCCUCGGGCGGCCGGGUGCCAAGAACGCCCAGUCGCUGCGCAUGCAGCUCCCCUUCUCAGCGCUGCUUGCGCAGAAGCUGCAUGAAUGCGUGACUGAAUCCAAGCUUGCAAUAUUUCCGUGGUUUGUGCUCUUGCACUUGCAGACCAAGCACGUUCAGGACUGCAGUGUGGGGUUGGUGUACACUCCGGUCUCGGCGUGUUUCUCCAGCCUAGCUUACGACCAGCUCCUUGCGGCCCUGGGGUUCCAGGAAAUCCGGGACAGCAUCGGCGCCAGGCAUGCGCCCUUGCUGUCGGAGGAUUUCCUAGUGGAGCGCAAGGCAGAGCUGAAGCAGCAUCUUGCAGGACACGGUACGCAUGGGCCUUAA